CCGGACGACGUGACGUCACAACCGAGGCUGGACUGUCAUGGCGGCUGUAAUGAGACUUGUCAACAGAAGCACUUUAAAGCCCAAAAUGGGUCACCAGUGCCUAGCCUUCUCCUGUUCUGCCGCUGUGGCCAAAGCAGUUGGUGGGAGUGCCAGUAAAAAUCUCCCGGAGAGAGUGAAAAUAGUGGAGGUGGGACCAAGGGAUGGUCUUCAGAAUGAAAAGACCAUUGUUCCGGCCGAGACCAAAAUCCAUUUGAUUGACAUGCUGUCAGACUCAGGGCUUCCAGUCAUCGAAGCCACCAGCUUUGUCUCUCCCAAAUGGGUUCCACAGAUGGCAGACCAAGUGGAGGUGAUGAAGGGAAUCAGUAGAAAACCUGGAGUGUCGUACCCGGUCCUCACUCCCAACCUAAAGGGCUUCCAGGCAGCUGUGAAGGCAGGAGCCACAGAAGUAGCCAUAUUUGGUGCUGCAUCUGAGCUGUUCAGUAAGAAGAACAUAAACUGCUCAGUGGAUGAGAGUUUGCAACGCUUUGAGGAGGUCAUGAAGGCAGCUAAAGAGGCUAAUGUGCCUGUCAGAGGUUAUGUGUCAUGUGUGCUUGGAUGCCCGUAUGAAGGCAAAGUAGCGCCUGGAAAAGUUGCACAUGUAGCGAAGCGUCUGUACUCCAUGGGCUGCUAUGAAAUCUCACUGGGCGACACCAUCGGAGUGGGGACUCCAGGUGGCAUGACUGAGAUGCUGGAGGCAGUGAGCAGGGAGGUGCCUGUCAGUGCCCUGGCAGUCCACUGCCACGAUACAUACGGCCAGGCCCUCGCUAACAUCCUCAUAGCUCUGCAGAUGGGCAUCAGUGUAGUCGACUCUUCAGUAGCUGGACUGGGUGGUUGCCCGUACGCCCAGGGUGCUUCUGGGAAUGUUGCCACAGAGGAUGUGGUCUAUAUGAUGCAUGGACUGGGCAUUCACACAGGAGUGGACCUUUCUAAGCUAAUGGAUGCUGGAGCUUUCAUCUGUCGGUCCCUGAACAGGAAGACCAACUCCAAAGUGGCCCAGGCCACCUGCAAACUGUAGGCUAAACCCAAACACUGGACCAUCUCAUUGAAUAGCCACAUCCACUUGCAGCCAUCAUCUAUGUUUACUUCUGCCUAUUGUGGAUUUAAUUUUAUUCAUCAUGUACUGGUAUGAGAAUUUAUUUAAAUAUUUUGAUGGUACAGACCCUUCCCUUCGAUUUGGUUUUAUAAUUGGCAUAUGAAAGCAUUGCUGGAAUGGUGCCUUAUGUACAGUCUGUCCAAGUUGUACUCCUCCCGCCUCUCACACCCAAUGCCUUGACCAGAAUACCGGCUUUUAAAUAGUCAAAUCCAUGGGCCUUUGGGCAAAUUGGUUUUGGGCUUACAGUAUUUUCUGGGAAUUUGAUAAGCCAAACUGUAGACAUAGCCUUAUUAUUAAGUGGGAUAACUCAUGAAGGGAAAAAUGAUAAAGCCACAUAGUGUUUGUGAUGUUUGAUUGAUCAUGUGGGGAGUAUGCACAGCCUUCAUUUCUAAAUCUAAAACUGUGUGACCAGCCAGUAUCAGUAGUUAAGGGAUGGAUUAGGUCACUGGUUAUGU